AUGAACCAAGACUACGACUAUAAACUCGUGAGCAGCGAAGGCGCGGAUCACUUUGUCCGCAAGUAUUAUUCAAAUCGCCCGGAUAUUCUGACCCUAUUUCUCAACCUUAAAUUCCCCGUCCUUCGCUCGGAUCUCCUGCGCUACCUCAUCCUUGAAUCGGAGGGAGGUGUGUACAGCGAUCUUGACACUGCUGCUCUCAAGCCUUUCAACGAGUGGAUUCCGUCACACAUGAAAGAGAAGGUCCGUGCUGUCGUCGGCAUCGAGUACGAUCAAGGGGAUGAUGAGCCAUAUGUUGGCAUGAACGAGCCGCUUCAGUUCUGCCAAUGGACGAUGGCUUCCAGCCCUGGCCAUCCAAUAAUGAAAAAGGUCGUCUCUUCUGUCGUUAGAUCGCUACAAGAAUUGGCAUUGAAGAAUCAAACUACCAUUGAGGCCUUGAGUCCCUCCGACGGCGAGGUCAUCACAGUGACUGGUCCCAAGGUCUGGACAGAUGCGGUCUUUCAGAGUUUAUCUGAAGCAAUGGCUUCAAGCAUGAGCCACGUCAACAUCACAGGUAUGAGGGAGCCAACAUUAUUCGGUGAUAUCCUCAUACUCCCGAUCGACGGUUUUGGCUCUGGUCAACCACAUUCUGGCUCGUGGAGAGGAGAAGGGAAUGCUCCCACAGCUACGGUGAGGCAUAUGUGGAAGGGCUCCUGGAAACACGGAUGGUCGAACUGA